UGUCUGUUUUAGUCAAAAGGUUCGGGUCGUCGUUCGUUUCCAGUAAUAUUAUUGUCAAUUCGUUUAUUUUGAUUUGUUUUUUUUUUUGAGUUGUUAUAGUUUUAAUUUUUUUUUUGUUCAUAAUUUGUGAUCGUCCGACGAACGGCCGUAUUUUCAAUUUCAUACUCGAUACGAUUUUCCUCGGCCAACACAACACCGGAUAAAUAAAAUAUGAUUAAAGUUAAAAAACAGCGACCGCGUUUAACGAGAUGACCAGUUGAAAAGCAGCAAAUAAUGUCAUCGGCCGAGGACGAAAUAUGGUCGUCUGUUGGUAUGUUUGGAAAAUUGUUUAUUUGUCCAUAGUUGUGGUCGCUCUAGCUCAGAUUUCUGCGGCCAACAAAUCCCCUCAGUUCGUCACCGACAAUUGGCAAACCGAAAUCAUAGUCCGGCUGAAAGAAGGUCCAGACACCCCUGUCGGAAGUCUUAUUUACCGCGUGCGCGGAAUAGACCCGGAUGGCGACAAGUUAUCGUUUGGCGUUCGAGAACCUGGCGACAAAAUUAUCAGAGUUGAAUACUAUAGCAAGAACGAAGCCAACAUUUACCUCAAAACCGAACUCGAUCGAGAGACAAAAGACGAAUACUCGUUGGUUUUGACUCUGACCGACGGCCGGUUGGGCGAAGGUAACUUCAUCACUCAGAGUUUACUGUUGAUCGUCGACGAUACAAACGACAACGCGCCGAUUUUCAAACCGUAUCAAAACACAAUAUUCGUGCCGGAGGACAGCCAGCCAACGGUGAUAGCAACGGUCGAGGCUACCGAUGCAGACGAAGGCCCGUAUGGACAGGUGGUGUACCAUUUACAAGACACGGACGCCGUAGAAAGUGGUCUGUUUUCGAUAUCGACGGUGAACGGCCAAGGCGUGAUUCGCCUUGUGGGAAGAUUGGAUUAUGAAAAAAAUUCAUUACAUCAACUCAGGGUGUUGGCUGUGGAUCGUUCGACCGUUGAAAAGAGAAACACCGGCACCGCAGCAAUUUUCGUGAAAGUCCAAGACGUAGAAGACCAACCACCCGAAUUCGUCGUUGUCACUCCAGUCGCCAGGGUCAGCGAAGACGCUCCCGCAGGAACUUCAAUUCUUCAAGUGAAAGCCAUCGAUGGCGAUCGGGGUGUAGAUAAUCGCAUAGUAUAUUCGAUUACACGCGGUGGCAAUGGAAUGCUCGAAGUGGAACCCAACUCCGGUAUUGUUUAUACCACGAGCGUCCUUGACCGCGAAGAUCCUUUUAUCAUCAAAACCGGAGCUAUUAUCAUUGAGAUCAUGGCCACCGAAGAUUCGAAAAACAUUUUCCCCAACCCUUCGACGAAAACCGAAGUGACCGUCAUCGUGACGGACGUCAAUGACGAAACUCCGACGUUUCGCAGUCCUUACUACAUUGCAGAAAUCAACGAAAACGCUCAACAAAACACGCCGGUGAACUUCAUCGGCAACAUCAUACCUCAAGUGUACGACUACGACCAGGGCAAGAACGGUACGUUCCGGUUGCGAAUCCAACAAGGCCGCAACGGAUACUUCGACGUGACACCGUCGGAAGGCAUAAACGAAGCGUCGUUUCUCAUACGCGUUAACAGAACGGCCGACCUGGACUACGAGCAGAUCAAAGUGAUCAACUUCACGCUUGUCGCCAUCGAAACCAUUGCGAAAAACCCAAAGUACAGCGUGGUUCCCGUCGCCGUCUACAUUAGAGACGUCAACGACAAUUAUCCCGAGUUCUCACGUCCCAUUUACGAGGUCUUUGUUCCGGAAAAUUCCGUAUCGGGCAAGACCAUCGGCAAAGUAGAAGCCACGGAUAAAGAUUCCGGUGUGUUCGGUACGGGCGGUAUACGGUAUACGAGCAUAAGAGGAAGUUGUGCUGAUUCUCUUUCGUUGAACCCGGAAACCGGCGAAAUAGUCAUCAAAUCGGACAGACCGGUAUUCGACCGGGAGCAGAUUUCCAAACACUUCUUGACCGUAGAAGCGAGAGACGACUUGGGCCUGGGCAACAGAAACACGGUGCAGUUGAUCAUAAACGUCGACGAUGUCAAUGACAACGCUCCGCGUUUCCUUUCGGCCAAAUACGAAACGCGCCUGAAAGAAAACCAUUUGAUUUUCGAGUCUCCAGUGGUCGUCGAAGCGAGGGAUUCCGAUUUAAAUGGUACGAUCAAUUCGGAAAUCACCUAUCGGAUCAUCCAAUCGGAUUAUCCGGUCGAAAGUUUCGCCAUCGACCCCGUCACGGGCGUGUUGAAACUUAAAAAACCUGUAGAUUUUGAAAAAUUACAAAAUCGCAAGAGUGCCAUUGGGCUGGGCGGAAACCUCAAGCCAAUACACUUGGUAGUCCAAGCUCAAGACCACGGAUUGCCACCGCUGUCCGACGAAGCUCACGUGGUUGUUUAUGUGGAAGACGUUAACGAUUUCGGACCGAAAUUCGAGAGUCAGAAUUACGAGACGACCAUAUCCGAAGACUUGGUUGGCGGCAGUACAGUGUUGCAGGUUAACGCUUGGGACGAAGACGGGUCAGCGCCGAACAACGUCGUAGUGUACAGACUGAGCAGCGGCGCCGAAGACAAAUUCGUGAUGGACGCCUACUCGGGCGUGAUCAAAGUCGCCCACGGCGCUUCUUUGGAUCCAGACAAAACGCAGCCGAAAACCAACGUGUACUAUUUGGAAGUAACAGCGAUCGACGGCGGUAUCGGCGACCAACAGCUUAGUUCGUCGGUUAACGUGACGAUAAAAAUUCAAGACGUCAACAACAAACCUCCGUUUUUCCAAAAAAUGCAAGCGGUCCGUGUAAAAGAAAACGAAAUGGUUGGAAGCAUUAUAACAAAAGUAGAAGCCGAGGAUCCGGACGCAAAACCGGUGUUGAGGUAUCGAAUCAACGUGGAAGCUUCCGAAGCGCGCAACGAAGACGGCGUAGUCGUUAGCCCGGUGGAAUACGAUUGGCCGUCGGCGUUUUCUUUAAGUCCUGUAGACGGAUACCUUAGAGUGGGCAAAUUGUUGGACAGAGAAAAGGUAGAAACCAUCCGACUGACGUUGGUUGUCGAGGACAUCGCUGCAAUAAACGGCAAGCAACUAGUAGACGGAGUUCUUAUCGUUCACGUGGACGACGAAAACGAUAACACGCCGGUUUUUCGUCAAGAGUUUUACAAGAGAGCUGUAAUGGAAAACAGUCAACCGGGUAUGCCAAUCAUCACAGUGUUGGCAGAUGAUGCGGACAAAAAUCGAACAAUCCAUUAUUCGAUUGAAGAAUCUUCCACAGACGUGACCGAUUUGAUUCGACUGGAUCCCGAAUCUGGAGAAAUCGUCGUGGCCGGUCGUAUAGAUCAUGAACAACUGCAUUGGAUCAACAUCAGCGUCCGAGCGUCGGACAAUGGAGUGCCGAUUAAGUCGUCGUUUACCGAAGUCGUAUUGCGAGUGAUCGACGAAAACGACAACAAUCCGUAUUUCGCCGAAGAAACGCCUACCAACAUAACAAUACCAGAAAACACUGCGAUCGGAGCUUCGAUUGCCACUGUAGUGGCCAUGGACGCGGACUCUGGUGAUUUCGGAAGAAUCACCUAUUUACUAGAUCGUCUUUCGUCUCAGGGCAAGUUCACAAUCGACACAAACACCGGAGUGUUAAAGGUCGCCGACACGUUAGACCGAGAACAAACAAACACCUACAAUUUAAUCGUGGAAGCUUGGGAUAACUAUCAGUUUGGUUAUGUCUCUGGCGAAAGCCGCAAUGCCUUCAAGCAAAUCAUGGUUACUGUGUCAGACAUCAAUGACAUGGCACCGGUGUUUCAACACUUGCCCGACGAAUGUGUUGCGGUAACAGAAUUCCACACAGUCGGCGACAUGAUCUUAUUGGUAAAAGCCAACGACGCGGAUGAUCCUAACACAGUAAACGGCCGAAUAAUGUUUUCCAUUGAAGACGGAAACGAAAGAGAACUUUUUGCUGUUCAUAACGUCGACUAUUGGUCGGGUCGUUUGUACACGACGUCUUCGUUAAAGAACCUCUACGGGAAUUACAGUCUGUUGAUCAGAGCACAGGACGGAGGAAGUCCUCAAAAAUCGAGUUUGGCCACCGUCAACGUUUGCGUGACCGACGUCAACGACAACGCUCCUCGUUUCGUGUCGCCCGCGUACAACGUUACAGUGAGAUUGCUUCAAAACACCACUGUCGGAAGUCCGGUGAUCACUGUCGAAGCCAUCGACGACGACGUCGGACAAAACGCUGAAGUCCGGUACCGCCUCAAACAAGAUCUGAUGGGAGAUUGGAAAUCGUUUUCCAUCGACGACACUACCGGAUUGAUUACAUUGAAAAAACCACUGAAUAAAGAAAUACAAAAGGUUUACCAGAUUCGCGUCGAAGCCUACGAUCUAGGCGUACCCACCCCGUUGUCGUCUGACCUGGAACUGACGGUACACGUGAAAAGCUCCAACGAUUUCCAACCGCGAUUCCUGAUCGACCAAGUCACCGUGAACUUCACUGAACACCGAGAGCCGGGAUCUGAGUAUUGGCAGCUCAUCGACACGGUCGACCGAGAGGAGCUGAACGAUAUGGAAAAACCUAUACCGCCCGUUUGCUAUUAUGUGAUUUCUGGCAACGAGGAUAACAACUUUAUCGUCGAACCGCUUAACCACAGGAUUUCCGUCGCCGGCGUACUUGAUCGUGAAGUCCGAGAUUCGUACGAGCUCAUGGUGAAAGCCAGCGAGGAUUGUUUGCACUCUCCGCCAACCAGUCGAGACUACGGACAAGAAGACGACGACGACAGUCUGCUCAAGGUCUCCGUGGUCGUCAACGACAUCAACGACCAUGCCCCCGAAUUCGUCAAAAGGAUAUUUACCGGCGGAGUCACCACGGAAGCGGAUUUCGGUGCCGAGUUCAUGCGGGUCAAGGCGGUCGACGCGGACAAAGGAAGGAACGCCGAACUGUCAUACUACAUCGUCCCGGGCUCGUUGCAACUGUCGUUGGCCGAAGGGCUGGACAGCAUACAGUACCCGCCCUUCUUGGUGGACAUAGCCACCGGUGCCAUCUAUUUGAAUUUCGACCCGCAAAAAGGCAUGAAGGGCUACUUCGACUUCCAAGUGCUGGUAAACGAUACCGGGGGCCUUUACGACAUGGCCAGGGUGCUGAUCUACUUGUUGCGAGAAGAUCAACGGGUCCGAUUUGUCGUCCGGCAGAAUCCUUCGCAGUUGCGGGAAAAAGUCGACAUUUUCAGAGAGAUUUUAGGUAAUGUCACUGGAGCCAUAGUUAACGUAGACGAGUACAAAGUGCACGAAACACACGACGGUCGCGUGGACAAAACAAGAUCAGACAUGUACUUGCACUUUGUCGAUCACCGAGACAACUCCAUCAUGGAAGUACCGCACGUGCUCAGGGUAAUCGACGAGAACAUUGAACAUUUGGAUGCUCUAUUCAAGGAGUUCAACGUUUUGGACACACAAGCGGCCGAACCCGAACCGUUGCGCAGGGCUUCCAUUAAGGACGACAAUGUGAUUUGGAUGUGGUUGGUCGGCACUACGUUUUUCUUGGGACUGCUCCUGAUCGUCGUGGUUUCCAUUUGUCUGUCACAACGUUCGCAUUAUCGCCGGCAACUCAAGGCGGCCACCAUAAGCGCGUUCGAUCCCAGAACGCCCGACCACGUGACGUCGGCCGCGAUCGGUGGCCGAGUACCGAAUACCAAUAUGCACAGUGUGGCCGGAUCUAAUCCAAUGUGGAUGCAAGCGUACGAAAACGAAUGGUUCAAGGACAGAGAGACCCUAAGCCAAACUUCAGAACGGGAUUCGCUGGACGACAACACGACCACCAGCACAACUUCCCCUCAACCGAUUGAACGAUCGACCACAACGCUUUUCAUCAAAAGCAACGAUUGUAACAUUCAUACGGACACCACGGACGACUACUAUGAACGGACAAGGAUCACGGUAAAAAAUUUGGAAACGACCGAAUUAUGACAUAAAGCUCACCGGGCACCUGCUGGGACAAAGCGCUACAACCAAGUCUCUCCUUCCUCGGACCUUGGACGAUACAACGAUUAAUGUAUAAUAUUAUAUUUGUAUCUUUUUCUGACAUAACUGCUAGGUUUUUGAACCCAGAAGAAGGACAUUAUUCGAUACAAUUUCAUAUCAUUACAAUUGUAUUUAAUGAUUCUUUCUUUUUGAGGUGAUAUUUUUGAUAUUUAUUUUCAAUUAGUAAACCAGUAUUUUUUUUUUUUUGGCUUUGGCUGGUCCAAAUUCUGUAAUAACACAACAACCUGUUGUGAGUGAAAAGCAAUUGUUUUUUUUAUUAAAAAAGCAAAAAUUCACUUACAUAACAUAAGUAAAGUAGUCGACAUUUUGUCAGGCUUUUUGGUCCAAAUCAUUUAAAUCAUUCGCCGAAUAAAUGGUUCAGUUCAAAUGUUGGUCCAACCCUGGCUUUAAAAAAUAUUUUCUUAAAUAAUAAAUAGUAAAUAUAUAUGUAUAGAGAGCCGUGCUUUUAGCACAGGGGUAAAAAAAUCUAGAUAAAAGCCAUAAAUUCAGAGUGUGCCAAUUAAUAGUACCUAAAUUACUGACAGUAAAAUAAUAGUCUUAUAAACGACAGUGGUGGGAUCUGAAGUGAUCGUCAACAGUUAAUACUUUAAUUCGUUAAGACAAAAUAAAAUAAUAAAAAUCGAUAAUUUUUCGACUAGUAAUUAAAUGUAUACCCCCGUUUUUAAACGAUUCGCUUUUACAAAAUGCAUUUAUUAUAAUAACAGUAUUUCAACAACAUUAGCAAAGUUAUUACAAAAAAAAAAAAUAUAUUAAAAUUAUUUGUCUGUCAACGUUUAACGUCAACCUUAGCUUAACAAAAUUAGAUUGUUUCAAAAAUAUUUACUUCAUUUAUUUGCGAGGUGGAGGUGUUCUGAAAAUUGAUUUGGCCCCUUCUCGUGGUAUUAGCACGGCUGUCUAUAAUAAAUAAAUAUAUAUAUUUAUAUAUAUAUUUUAGCUCUUAGUUUCAAAUAGUAUCUAGGUUAAGUCAUAGUGUAACGUACAGGGUGAUUCAUUGAGCAAAACCCACUCAAUUUGCCAAUUUGUAGAUAAUCUUUUCGUAAACAUAUUAGUUGCUUAAAUUAUUUUACCAUAUUUGUAAAUUAAUAAACACUUGCCUUGUUUCAACAGCUCUGUCCACUUUUGGAACUUAAACCAAUCGAAACCCAACCUAACCGGCUUAUAUUUUAAAAUUUUAGCAACUCCAAAAGUAACCAUCCAAAAAUGGUCAUCGACCGGUCAAAAUUGUCGGUAAAUUAUUUUCUAUAAUCUAAAAAACAUGUCAAUUGAUAACAAAAGUAUCUCCAAAAACGAAAAACUACAAAAUUGCAAUAUUGUCUAAACAGGGAAAAUUAGUGUCUUAUCACAUUAAUGAAUCACCCUGUAUGUGUGAGUCUCGUUGAAGUCAUAGUCGGGCAUAUAUACCGAAGUAAAAUAUAUAUAUAUAUAUUUUAUCUUAUAUGCAAAUCUUUCAAAAAUUUGAUGGUUUUUUACAUCAAAAGUCUUACACCCAAUAUCCAAUUACAUUGCAAUCAAAUUUUAUGGAAAGUGCCAAUUUCCACAAGUCUUUGUCACAAUGUUGUUUUGCUCGAAACCUAAUUUUUAAUGCGUUUAGCUAUUUGUAUUAUUAUUAUUAUUAUCGUUAAGACAAAUUGCCAAAAAGUAUUUUAUGAUUUUAUUUUUAAGGUUUUUUAUUUGAUGUUUUUUCCUUUCUUUUUAUAAGUGUAUAAUUAAGUGCUUCUUUCUUUUUUUUUUUUUGUAACGCUUGUCCCAGUAAGUGUCGUCUUAGCCCCAGGACUUUGUGAAUAGCCAUAAACAAUGUAAGCUCAUGUGCUGUUCUUAUAGAAUAAUUAUAUAAUAUUAUGGUGAAAAUGCCAGAGUUUACCGAUUGUGGAUAAUUAUUUUAUUCCGUUUUUGGGAAUCGACGGUGAAGUUUUCGCGAAGUGCUUUUUUGUAGUUUUCAUAGUAAUUUAUUUUGAAUAAUUAUUAUCGUUAAACGUUAUUUAUACUAUUAUCACGUGAACCAUGUACAUAGUUAUUUUAUUUUAAAUCAAAAUCAACUCGGUAUAAUCUGUAUAU